AGAGGGAGCUAGAGGCUCUUCUCCAGCUCCAGCUGCCAUCCUGCUGCUCCUCCCCCCCUCCUUCUCCUCCUUCUUCUCCUUCUCCUCCUCCUCCUCCACCAGAACCACUUCUCUUUCUCAUCACAUCCGAGGUAAAUAAGCCAGAUUCAACAAUAACGACCUCUCCUCAGACAGAUUAUUCACCUUCGCGUGUGUCUCCGCUCAGUCAGACGCACCAGGCCACCGCUGGGAGCCGUCACCGGGAUCAGACAGGGGGCAUUUUUGGAGAUGUGAGGAAUAAGAAGAGAUUGGUGAUAUUGAGUACCCUGUGCAUUGACACGACCUUGUGACCUCAUCUUCAGCAUGAAUGGUGAUAUGCCUCAUGUCCCCAUCACUACUCUUGCUGGAAUUGCUAGCCUGACAGACUUGUUGAAUCAGUUACCAUUGCCUUCUCCACUCCCUGCUACCACUGCUAAGAGUCUGCUCUACAAUGGAAGGAUCUCUGAAGAGGUCAGCAGCCUCCUUGUGUGUCAGGAUGAUAAUCUGGUGAAUCAGCUGGCACAUAGCCUUAACCAGGUCUCAACUGAACACAUAGAGUUGAAGGACAACUUGGGUAAUGAUGAGCCAGAGGGUGACCUGCCAAUACUCCUCCAAACUCUGCUCUCCAGGAACCCUAAAAUCUUCAGGGACAAAAGUGUAAUGCAGCAGCCAAUGGUACAACAGUAUAAGAUAUCCCAAAAUCAAAUGCAUGGGAGUCCAGCCUCAAAUUAUCAACAGACCACUGUCCCUGAAAGCCCCUCUGGAUGUUUUACAUCCCAACAGUCUGGGUCAGCUACCCGCUUUGGACCUCAGCAGAACAGCCCCAUACCUAGUCCAUAUACUCCUCAGAGUCCUGCAGACUACAUGCAGUACAAUCCUCCCAGUUAUUCCCAGCACCAACAGACACAGCAAGUUCCUGGAGGUGUAAGGAAUAGCCAUGACACCAAGGUCGUUGGACAGCUAUCUAGAAAUUCAUCGAAUCAUACUGCAAGACUAGGGUCAAGUGAAGAAUACAUGAACAUGGCACACAGAUUUGGAAAUGAGAAUGACCCCUCUGUGAGGGCUGCUGCGAUUUCAGUUAAAUCACCGCACUCUGUGUGUUCACCUGCUGGGAGCGAAGAGGCUGCGAAACCAGGAUCCAGGAUUCCUCUUAUUAGGCAAUCACCUGAUGUUUCCCCGGGUGCAGCAGCUGACCUGCUCCUCACCUCUGCCGACCGCAAAAAGAAGCAGAGACAAAGGAAUAAAGAGGAGAACGAGCAGGCGGAGAAAAAUGCUUUGUACGACAUUGUGGGUUCUCCAUCAAAAGACUCUGCCAGGCUAACUUUAAAAUUGACUCGAGUGAAGAUUCCAGAUUUAGAUCAAUCUGACACAGACCAGGAAACUGAUUUGAUGAAUAAUAAUCAGGGAUUGUCACGGGAUAGCCAGGACUUGACACACAAGUUUGUUGCUGAGGAGCAGGUUAACUGUCAGCAGGUUCCUGUUCGACCAAAUGCCAAGGAUAUUGGAGUCGUCGGUGGGCCUGUGUACGAGGAUGUUGAGAUGGACACACUUGCAGAGAUUGAAAGAAUAGAAUGCGAGUCAGCCAGUGAGAGAGAACGAUGGUCUAAAGAAGUCCAGGAUAAAGACAAGCCACUGAAGAAACGCAAGCAAGACUCGUAUCCUCAGGAAUCAGGAGCUGAGGCAAGUGAUGGGCCUGCUGUACAAGGUAGCAUUGUUGGCAGCAAGGUGACACCCAAGAAGACAAGUCCUGCAAGUAACUGUACCAGUCGGCCUGCUUUGAUGGUCAGUAUUGACCUGCAGCAAGCUGGAAGAUUGAUAGGACAACCUGUAGUGGUACUGGAAGCACGGAAGUUGUGUGAGGACCAACUGCUGCGCCUAAAUGCAAAGGCUGAUGCAAAAGUAGAUGAAAUAGGUGAAAACAAACCUAGGAUCAACAAGCAGCAUGCCGACUGUCCUAGAAAGUCUGGCUCAGAUAAGCAACCAGAAACACCUAAACGGAAGCAAGAAAAUCAGCGGGAUUCCAGACUCAGGCGUGACAGCCAGGUGGACAGUGGCAAUGGGCACUUGGAUGAAAGAUGGUCAGAUGCUUCACGGCAAAAACACGACCGGCAUUCAGACUCACACAACAAAGAGGAAAACAACCACAAUGGUCACCAGUCGCACGUCAACCAACCUGAGACUCCAAAAACAGUUGGCAAGAUAGAGCGUAACUCCAGACAUGGAGAAGAUAAAGUCAGAGAAAAAGAAAGGGAUAAAAACAAAGAUAAAGAAAGGGAGAAGGACAGAGACAAAGACAGAGGUAGAGAAAAGGAAAAGGACAGAGACAAAGAUAAAGUUAAAGAAAAGGAGAAGAUCAGAGACAAAGACAGAGGUAGAGAAAAGGAAAAAAACAGGGACAAAGACAGAGAUAGAGCAAAGGAAACUGACAAAGACAGAGAUAGAGCAAAGGAAAAUGACAAAGACAGAGAUAGAGCCAAGGAAAAUGACAAAGACAGAGAUAGAGCCAAGGAAAAUGACAAAGACAGAGACAGAGUAAAGGAAAAUGACAAAGACAGAGACAGAGCAAAGGAAAAUGACAAAGACAGAGAUAAAGUAAAGGAAAAUGACAAAGACAGCGAUAGGGCAAAGGAAAAGGACAAAGAUAGAACAAAGGAAAAAGACAAAGAUAGAGCAAAGGAAAGGGACAAAAACAAGGAUAGAGACAGAAAAAGAGAUAAAGACAAGGAGAGAGAUAGAGAAAAGCAAAAGGACAGAGACAUAGAUAGAGACAGAAAUAAAGACGGAGAUAGAGACAAAGACAGAGGUAAGGAUAAACCUAAGGAUCGGGAUAGAAUUAGAGACAGAGACAAGGAAAGGAAACAUAAAACACUGUCAGCAGAAAACUACCAUCAACCGUCUCCUGAUCAUCAAACUAAAUCUGACAGCCCCAGAGUUAAGCAAGAUGGGAACCAGAAGACAGACAGUUCCACCCUACAGAGCCCCCAAAAUAAAAAAGAAAAGAAAAGUGGGGAUGGUAGCAUUCAAUGCCGAGCUGGAAACAAACAGCAGUCUAAUGAGACAAAACCCUGCGAGUUCCCCUCAUACCUUCUUGGUGGCAAGACAGGGAGUCUGAAGAACUUUGUGAUUCCUAAAUUGAAACGAGAUGGGAAAGACAAGGAUUCACUUCUUCCAAGCAAGUUGAUACAGGGCUGGAGUGAACCCCUGGUCAGACUGGAGCGCGUUUCUUUGGUAGAUAACUUAAGCAAAGGACCUAAGCCUGUUGUUGUGCUUCAGAAACUCAGUGUUGAUGAGGUUAAACGGAUCAUGAAGGAGAGCAAGAAUGCACACGGCCCCAGAUCUGGAAACUGGACUUCCUUUGAUAAAUCAGGGAAAGAGACAUCAUAUGAGAGAACAAACAAGCGAAGGCACAGUAUGAUCAAAAAGAAAUCCAAGUACACCGAGAAGGACUCGAUUGAUAGUGACGACGAUGAUGAUGAUGAUGAUGAUGACGACGACUCUGACGACUCUGACCACAAGUCUGCAAGGAAAAGGUCCAAGAAGGACAAUGACAAAUCAUGGAAGAACGAAGAGAGAAAAGGCUCUGGAGAACACCGCCGAAGCAGAGGUUCUCAAAAUGCUCGCCGGGGAUCCAGUGGACGCCAUCAUGACUGGAGCCCCAGUGAAUCUGAUGAAGGCUCUCCACCACCAAACCUAAGUGAUGUUGCCAGAAAAUUGAAGAAAAAGGAGAAACAGAAGAACAGAAACGAUUGUGAUCCCAAGAUGACACUAGAAGAAAAGAUGGACUCCUCCACCUUUAAGAGAUUUGCGGCCAGUGUGGAUAACAUUCUUGAAAUCCUUGACGAUGUUGACCUGGCUGCCAUAGAUGAUGAUGAGAUACCCGAAGAGCUCUUGCUUGGAAAGCACCAGUUAAGUGAGCUAGGCAGUGAUUCUUCGAAGAUUAAAGCGAUGGGAAUCUUUAACAAGUUUUCCUCCAGUAAACUGGUGAAAAUUCUGAAUACCCUCGAGAAAAACAUUCAGGACAGCGUCAAACUUUCUACACUAUUGAAUCACGGUAAUGAUUCCAUGGAUGAGGAACGGUUGUGGCGUGACCUGAUCAUGGAGCGAGUGACCAAGUCUGCUGAUGCCUGUCUAACUGCACUCAACAUUAUGACAUCGCCACACAUGCCCAAGGCCGUGUACAUUGAGGAUGUGAUUGAGAGGGUGCUGCAGUACACCAAGUUCCAUCUCCAAAACUCUUUAUACCCUCAGUAUGACCAGGCCUACAGAACGGACCGCCAUGGAGGUGGUGCGCAUAAGUCCAAGAAAGUAAAAGGUUCCAGCCACAAACAGAAGGUGGUGGUCACGCUCUACAACAAAGUGUGUGAUAUCGUCAGCAGCAUCUCAGAGCUCCUUGAGAUUCAGCUGCAAACUGACACCACAAUUCUCCAGGUGUCCACCCUGGGUAUUACACCGUUUUUUGUGGAGAAUGUCAGUGAACUGCAGUUGUGUGCCAUCACACUCGUGACAGCAGUCUUCUCUCGUUAUGAGAAGCACAGACAGCUCAUUCUUGAAGAGAUCUUCACCUCCCUUGCUAGACUGCCCACUGGUAAACGCAGCCUCAGGAACUUCAGAAUAAACAGUGAUGGAGAGAAUGUGUAUAUCCAGAUGGUCACAGCUCUGGUUCUUCAGCUCAUCCAGUGUGUGGUCCGCCUUCCCUAUGAGAGAGAAGAAGCGGAUGAAUCGAAGAAGAAGGUGGAUAAAGAUGUCUUCAUCACAAACUCUUAUGAAACUGCCAUGAGGACAGCUCAGAACUUUCUAUCGGUGUUUCUCAAAAAGUGUGGCAGUAAGCAGGGAGAGGAGGACUACAGGCCUCUGUUUGAGAACUUUGUUCAUGAUCUCCUGUCUGCAGUCAAUAGGCCUGAGUGGCCUGCAGCUGAACUGCUGCUCAGUUUGCUGGGUCGCCUGUUGGUGCAUCAGUUCAGCAACAAGCAGACAGAAAUGGCGCUCAGGGUGGCAUCUCUGGACUACCUUGGCACUGUUGCCUCUCGCCUGCGCAAAGAUGCUGUCAACAGCAAAAUGGACCAAAAGGCUAUUGACCGCAUCCUCAGAGAGAGUCCAGGCAAUGAUGAAAUCCAGCAACUGCAGAAGAAUUUGCUAGAUUAUCUGGAUGAGAGCAGUGAAAUGGACCAAUCUCUAGUGUUUGUUAGAAAGUUUUACAUCGCCCAAUGGUUCAGGGAUGCAACAAGUGAAGCAGAGAAAGCAAUAAAGUCUCAAAGUGACAAUGAGGACUCUAGAGGGCACAUUCAUUCCAAGGAGAUUGACUCAACCGAGGAGAUAAUACAUAGAGCCGAGGCACGAAAGAAAUUCCUUUUCAAGAUCAUAAAGACCUCAUCAUCACAUUCCAGUUCUCUGAGGAUGAACUCAGUCGACUAUGAGGACUCCUGUCUGAUCGUCAGAUAUCUGGCCUCUAUGAGGCCGUUUGCCCAGAGCUUUGAUAUUUAUUUAUCACAGAUUCUAAGAGUCCUGGGUGAGAGUGCUAUUGCUGUCAGAACCAAAGCCAUGAAGUGUUUGUCAGAAGUAGUGGCUGUGGAUCCAAGUAUCCUGGCACGGUUGGAUAUGCAGCGUGGUGUUCAUUGUCGCCUUAUGGACAACUCCACCAGUGUGCGAGAGGCUGCUGUGGAGCUCCUUGGUCGUUUUGUACUCAGUCGACCUGAACUCAUUGAGCAGUACUAUGACAUGCUCAUCGAAAGGAUACUGGACACAGGCAUCAGUGUAAGGAAGAGGGUCAUCAAGAUCCUAAGGGACAUCUGCCUGGAGCAGCCAGACUUCCACAAGGUCACAGAGAUGUGUGUAAAGAUGAUCAGAAGAGUCAAUGAUGAGGAGGGGAUCAAGAAAUUGGUGAAUGAGACUUUCCAGAAACUCUGGUUCACCCCUACGCCCAACUACAACAAAGACGUCAUGACCAAAAAGAUCCUGAACAUCACAGAUGUGGUGUCGGCAUGUAAAGAUUCUGGCUAUGACUGGUUUGAGCAGCUUCUCCAAAAUCUCCUGAAGUCAGAAGAGAAUGCGUCAUACAAACCUGCCAAGAAGGCUUGUACGCAGUUGGUGGACAAUCUUGUGGAGCACAUACUGAAAUAUGAGUCUCUUGAAGACUGUGAAGACAAAGGAGUCAACUCGGGUCGUCUCGUAGCAUGCAUCACCACUCUGUAUCUGUUCAGCAAGAUCAAAGCAGAGUUAAUGGUCAAACAUGCCAUGGACAUGCAGCCCUACCUGAACACUAAGUGCAAUACUCAGAAUGACUUCAUGGUGAUUUGCAACGUGGCCAAGAUUUUAGAGCUGGUCGUGCCACUUAUGGAGCAGCCAAGCGAGACAUUCCUCAACACCACAGAAGAAGACCUGAUGAAGCUUAUCAUCAAACAUGGAAUGACGGUUGUACAACACUGUGUGAGCUGUCUUGGUGCUAUUGUGAACAAAGUCACACACAACUACAAGUUUGUUUGGGCUUGUUUCAAUCGCUUCUACGGAGCACUCGCAAAACUGAAGACACAGCACCAAGAAGACCCCAGCAGCUCCACUCUGGCUGCUAACAAGCCCACUCUUCUGCGCUCACUCUUCACUGUGGGCGCUCUCUGCCGACACUUUGACUUUGACCAAGAGGACUUCAAGGGUACUAGCAAGAUCAUCAUCAAGGAGAAAGUGUUGGAGCUUCUGCUGUACUUCACCACGCAUGAAGAUGAAGAGGUCCAGAUCAAGGCCAUCAUAGGUCUAGGCUUCCAGUUUAUCAUGCACCCCGAGCUCAUGUUUGUGCAGGACAUAAAGAUUCUGUAUAACAGUACACUCUCCGAUGAAAGCACUCUGGUCAGUCUGAAGAUCCAGGUGUUGAAGAACCUGCAGACAUAUCUGCAGGAGGAGGACUCUCGAAUGCAGGAGGCCGAUCGCGAAUGGAAGAACAAAGCCAAGCAGGAGGAUCUGAAGGAAAUGGGAGAUAUCUCAUCAGGCAUGAGCAGUUCCAUCAUGCAGAUUUACCUGAAGCAGGUGCUGGAAUCCUUCUUCCACUCGCAGUCCACCGUUCGGCACUUUGCCCUGAGUGUCAUUACACUGACUCUCAGCCAGGGCCUCAUCCACCCUGUACAGUGUGUCCCCUACUUGAUUGCCAUGGGGACAGACCCUGAGCCAACCAUGAAGAACAAGGCUGAUCAACAGCUGGUGGAAAUUGAUAAGAAAUAUUCAGGAUUCAUCCAUAUGAAGGCAGUUGCGGGACUGAAGAUGUCUUAUCAGGUGCAACAGGCCAUAAAUGGACCCAAGAACACCACGAUCCGUGGUUUCCGUCACGAUGACACCGACUCUGCUCUCUGCUCACAUCUCUACACAUUGGUCCGUGGGAACCGACAACACAGAAGAGCUUUCCUCAUUUCCCUGCUCAACCUGUUUGAUGACAGUUCUAAAACCGAGGUGAACAGACUGCUUUUCAUAGCAGACAACUUGGCCUGCUUCCCCUAUCAGACUCAGGAGGAACCUCUCUUCAUCAUGCACCACAUAGACAUCACACUCUCUGUCUCUGGUAGCAACCUUCUCCAGUCUUUCAAGGAGUCUUUACUGAAAGAGCCCAUAAAGCAGGAAAAGAAGGUGAAAAUUGAAAAGAAGAAGAAAAAGAAGAAGAAAAAACAGCACAGGAGGAAGAAAUACAGCUCUGAUGAUGAAGAUGAUAGUGAGGACGAGGAAGACGAAGAGCAGAGCAGUAGCAGCUCUAGUAGCAGUGAUGAGGAGGAAGAGGAGGUAGUUCACAGGCGAAAAAAAUCAGCAGAUUUUGAUUCUGAUAUGGAGGAUGAGGAUGCAGUGAUGGACCGUCUGCCUGAAAACCCCGGCCCCCUGCUGGACUUUGCCAGUGCUUCGCAGGGUAUUCUGCUAGUGCUGGUGCUCAAGCAACAUCUAAAGAAUCUGUACGGCUUCUCAGACAGCAAAAUCCAGAAGUAUUCCCCGACGGAGUCCGCGAAAGUGUACGACAAGGCAGUGAAUAGGAAAUCCAAGGUUCACUUCAACCCCCGUCAGACUGUGGACUACCUGAAGAAUGAUCUAGCCAACAAGGGUCUCAGUUAUGAGAUCAAGAGGAAUAUUGUGAAACAAUAUUUGGAUUUCAAGGUACUGAUGGAGCACUUGGAUCGCGAUGAAGAGGACGAGGAGGGUGAAGCAAGUGCCAAUGCCAGAAACAAGGCCAUCACUUCACUGCUGAAAGGCCCAAAACCCCAGAACCACAGUCACAACAAUCACUCUGCUCCACUGGAGUCAGAUGACGAGGAGAGUGAGGAUGAAGAUCCACCUGUACAGAAACUAAGAAAAGGCAGGGAUUCUGCAGAGGAUUCAGGUCACAUGAACGAGACUGUGGAGGCCAUGGACGUCAUUGCCAUCUGCUGUCCCAAAUACAAAGACAGACCACAGAUUGCCAGGGUCAUCCAGAAGACCAGAAGUGGCUACAGUAUACACUGGAUGUCUGGCACUUACUCUGGACCAUGGACUGUGGCAAAGAAACGGGACGGCCGCAAAAAGGUGCCUUGGGUUGACACUAUCAAGGAGUCAGACAUUAUUUAUAAGAAAAUCCCCUUGACAAGUGGACAAAAGCUUACGAACAAAGUGGCACAGACGUUACGGGCAUUAUACGCUGCUAAGGAGGGGGCUAAGAGUUAAUCAACUGAAAUCGCUCAGAUAGAAACCCCUCACAACCUCAAUCUUUGCGGAUCCAAUAUGUUACAAACCGAAGGAAGACGAAACCUCUACAGAUUUAAGGACCUGGUAGAAGACAACUAUGAGGAACACUGGUCUGUUUGAAUACAGAUCUGUUGAAGUUAAUCACAAGAAGGAAAUGUUGGGAAAACAUUGUGUGGGAGUUCCUUCGCUGUUGUGCAGCAACUUGGUUGUUUGGUUUUUACUCCCAUUGUAUCAUAGUUUAACUAAACACACAUGUUUAUAUCUGAACAUACGUCUGUAAAAAAACAAAAAAAAACAAAGUGAAUGUUGGAAAUUAGUGUAUUGAUGAUGUUCUUAAUAAAGUGUUUUUGGAGUUUAAACUAGCACCAGAUGGAUUUAUUCACUUGACCGGAGCUCAGACAACUUUGAACUGCUUUCUUUCUUCUUUCUUUUCCUGUUUUAAACAUUUUAACAUGUUUACCCACACUGUGUACAUAUCUUGGAUAUGAUUUAUUUAUGUUAACAGCAGUGCAGUAUCUGUGCCUAUAUGCAGGGGAACUCAUAUUCUUUUUAACGUAGAUUUUGAUGUUAUAGAACAAAUAAAAAAAAAUUAAAAAAAAGUGAGCCCCUGCUCUUUCAGUGAAACAAAUACUGCAAUAAAAAUUUCUUAUGUCCUUG